AUGGCCAUCGAUGAUAAUGAGACGAGAAUUCCCGCGACAGAACAAACCCCUCUGCUCCGGGACGACCCCGCCAACUCCGGUCCAGUGGGACAAGAACCGGAACCCGAGGAGGUCAGCACAAAGGAAUUGAUUAUUAUCUUGGGUUCUAUCUGGGUCGGAGUAUUUUUAGCAGCUCUCGAUACAACGAUCGUUGCGACAUUAUCCGCUCCCAUUUCCUCCUCCUUCAACUCCUUCUCGCUGCUGUCAUGGCUGGCUACCUCGUAUCUGAUCUCAAAUGCUGCUUGUCAACCCCUCAGUGGCCGAUUGACCGAUAUAUAUUCACGUCGUUGGGGUCUGGUUUUCUCCAAUGUGUUCUUCGCUUUGGGUAACUUGAUUUGCGGUCUGGCCAAGACACAGGGAACUAUAAUUCUUGGCCGUGUCGUCGCCGGUAUUGGUGGCGGUGGUUUGACUGCGAUCUCAACUUUUGUGACCUCAGAUCUGGUUCCAUUGCGGAAGCGAGGCAUUUGGCAAGGCAUUGGCAACAUCUGCUAUGGAGCUGGAAGCGGACUGGGUGGAGUUUUUGGAGGCUGGAUCAACGAUACCCUUGGAUGGCGCUGGGCAUUUCUCCUCCAGAUCCCUUUCCUACUGGUUUCCUGUGUCUUGGUUGCGAUCAAGGUGAAAAUCCCAGUCAAGGAGACAGAUGAGGCCAGGAUCAAGCGUGUUGAUUUUCUCGGUGCUAUCACCUUGAUCCUGACGCUCGUUACCCUACUGCUAGGGUUGAAUACUGGUGGGAACCAAGUGCCAUGGACUCACCCAAUUGUCCUGGUCUCUUUACCCCUUUCCGCCGUUUUUCUGGGUCUGUUCAUCUAUGUGGAAGCUCGCGUCGCAUCGGAACCUGUCAUCCCCGUUAAGUUGCUGCUGGACCGCACGGUCGCAGCAGCUUGUUUGACCAAUUGGUUUACUUCUAUGACCGUAUUUGGUCUACUGUUCUACCUUCCAGUUUAUUUUCAAGUGCAGGGACUAUCGGCCACUGCUGCUGGCGUUCGCUUGAUUCCGCAGGCAAUUGGUACCUCUAUCGGCUCUUUGGGUAGUGGUUUCAUCAUGCGGUCCAGCGGUCGCUACCGAAUCCUUAAUACAGGUGCAAUGGCUCUCCAGGUGGGAUCCGUUGCGCUUAUCUGCACCUUGACAUUCUCUACUCCAGCAUGGCUACCAUUCCUGUACUUUUUCCUCCUGGGAGUCGCGUACGGCAGCAUGCUUACAAUCACACUUGUGGCUCUCAUCUCAGCUGUGGAUCAUCAGCAUCAUGCCGUGGUUACAUCUGCCUCAUAUGCCUUCCGCAGUACUGGCAGCACAAUCGGUAUCACUAUCGCUUCUGCUGUCUUCCAGAAUACGCUGAAGAUUGGACUGUGGUCUCGCUUUGAGGGUCGCAAACAUGCAGCAGAGUUCAUUGGCCGACUUCGUGAUAGCCUUGAUGAAAUUCACCAGCUUCCUCCUGAUUGGGUCCCUGGUGUACUGGAUGCUUAUAUGAAUUCGUUGCGUGCUGUGUUCCUGACACUGUUGGGAUUGACUGUUCUAGGCGCUCUGGUUAGCCUUGCCAUGCGUGAGCACAAGCUGCACAAUAACCUGUCUCGUCGCUGA